AUGUUCGCAAUUAUUUCCAUUAUCGUUAUUUUAGUUAUUUUCGCUUAUUUCAUUCAUGAUAAAAAUAAAUUACCAAAAGAACUUGAAGGUAUUCCAUCUGCUUCUAUAUGGCCUACAUUAUGGUCGUUAUUACGAAAAAAGCAUCAUGACGAAAUUGAAGAAACGAUUGCAAAAUAUUCAGGAGGUUACGAUAUUUAUUUGAAUCGCCUUAUUGGUCAAACAGCUAUAAAUAUCAAUGAUCCUACGUAUCUUAAAGAUUUCUUUACAAAUUUAGAGGAUGAUGAUCCUCCAAAAAUUAGUAUGCCUUCAGGAGGAGCUUUGAGCGAAUUUUUCGGUGAUGGUUUAAUUUUUUCGAAUGGAAAUAAAUGGCGAACUUAUAGAAAAUUAGCAAAUCCUGCUUUCAAUAACGCUUUGUCCCCGGAAUUUGUUGGGGAAACUACAUUUGAACUUUUCAAUUUCAUGCAACAAAAUUUAAAUAGACCGGUUGAUAUAUUUGAAAUUAUGCAACGUACCACAAUCGAAUUGCUGGGAAAAUUGGCUUUUGGAUAUCAAUUUGGUGCAAUGCUUGAAAUCUGUCGAAACUCCUCAUAUUAUAAAUCUCAUAAUAGAAAAUUCUUUAAAGCUAAUGAAGAAUUUAAUGAGUUUGUUUCUGACAUUAUAAAGGCAAAAAGAAAUGAAAUUGAAAAUACGAAAGAUUCUAAUAAUGAAAAUUCUAAAAAUGGUAGGAUUGACCUUUUAACAGGUAUGCUACAGCACGCCAACCAGGAGGGAAUUAGUACCGAUUUUAAGCAAUUAAGAGAUGAAAUGGUGGGCUUUUUCGUUGCAGGACAUGAUACAACUUCAAUGGCGUUAAGCACCUCUUUUUAUUUUCUUGCAAAACAUCCGGAAAUGCAAGAAAGGGCGCGGGAAGAAGUAAUUAGCGUACUUGGAAAUGAACCAUUGAUCCCUACAACGGAACAAUUAAAGGCAAUGAAAUAUAUCAAUGCAGUUAUUAAAGAAUCCUUACGAAUUUAUCCUCCGUCUACAGCAAUAAUUCCUCGAAAACUAAAAAAGCCAAAGAAAAUUGGUCCUUAUCUUUUGCCAGCGAACGUAAUUUGUUCAACAAAUAUUUGGCAAAUUAAUCAUCAUCCAAAAUAUUGGGUAAAUCCCGAACAAUACAAUCCUGAAAGAUUUUUAAACAAUGAAAAAAUUCACGCAUUUUCUUGGAUUCCAUUUUCUUCUGGUGCAAGAAAUUG